CGGACAGAGGCGUGGAGUUGAGGAUGCGGAAUUAACGCAUUCGCUGCGCCCGAACCGGACUGAAUAUGGCGAGCACCGAGAGCAAAAGAGGGUCUUCGGAAAACUUUCACACAACCGAGCCAAGUGGAUCGGACCAGCCGGGCGUGAGAAGGGGUCCACAGCAUGCAGGUGCUAGAGAGCUCGCGGAGUUAUACUCGCCAGGAAAAAGAUGUCAGGAAUGGAUCAGUUUGCUUCUUUGCUUUACCCUCAUGGCCUUCAACUUCUGUUACCUGGUAACAUACUUCCACCUAGGACACACCUGGUACAUCCUCCUGGGCAUCGUGGCAGGGAUCCUGACAGCAGACUUUGCCUCUGGUUUGGUCCACUGGGGUGCUGACACAUGGGGUUCAGUGGAUCUGCCCAUCGUUGGGAAGGCCUUCAUUCGUCCGUUUCGAGAGCACCACAUCGAUCCAACAGCUAUAACGCGCCAUGAUUUCAUUGAGACGAAUGGUGAUAACUGUAUGUUGACUAUCAUCCCUCUGGCUAACAUGGCUGCAAACUUUUUGAUGCUCUCACCAGCGGAGAUCUAUCGGAACUACCCCUGGUACUGUUACGUCUUUGCUUUAGCCAUUUUUGUUACAUUGACCAAUCAGAUUCACAAGUGGUCGCACACAUAUUUUGGGCUUCCACGCUGGGUGACGUUUCUUCAGGAUUGUCACAUCAUUUUACCACGGAAACACCACAGAGUUCACCAUGUUUCACCUCAUGAAACCUACUUCUGCAUUACCACAGGCUGGUUGAACUAUCCUCUAGAAAAACUGGGAUUCUGGAGAAACCUGGAAGAUCUGAUCCAGAGCCUGACAGGAGAGAAACCCAGAUCAGAUGACCUCAGAUGGGCCCAGAAAACCAAGUAAUCUUCCUCUGCCACCAACCCACCUCCCCUACCUCAGACCUGCCUCAGAACAAGAGGAACGGCAAGAUAGCAAUGCCCAAAUUAGAAAGCCAUCAAUUCUUAGCAAAAGUUAAGUGAAAGGGGGUUGACAGAGCGAUUGAAAGCAAUAUCCCACCCCGCUCACUCUAAAGAUCCAAACAUCUAAAUCCUUGUUGAAAACUUGAGACUUUUGUGAAAUGUUUAAAACUCUUCAAAGUGCAAAAAACAAGCGAAUUUAAAAAGCCAAUACUUGAACAAAGUGGGCUCUUUUCUGGACACCUUCUCAUCCUUUAACUGCUCAAAGCUUUGCUGACUAGCAAAGUUUCUGAGGGACUGGCCUCUGCUCUUGGGUUUGGCCUUUGGGACUGAUAUCUCUUGCUCUCACCCUUCUCUUGUUUGGGGUUAAAGUGCAGUAAAGUCAAGGCAUUUUGGCUCUUUGACCAGAGAGGGCUGAAAACACGUGUCUUCGUCUGUUGCUUGUGUCUGAACGGACAGAGCAGCAUCAUAUGCAGUCUUACUUCAGUACGCCUUAAAAGAUGAAUCACAAGAAACUUGCUUUGCUUGGCCUCAUCCUUACACUUCAUUCAUCUUUUCAUGAUUAAUACUUUCUUUUGAAGCACAUUUGCAAAUUCAGAGGUGCUGGAAGCAGUCAGCUGUUGACAAAGUAUAUUGGAAGUAUUUCCACAUAGGUCAAUAUUUAGGCCAUGAGAUCUACAUUGGUGUCCUCGCUGCUCGACACUGAGAUAACCCAACAGAAACUCAGAAAAGGCCUCAUCCAUUUUUAGUUAGUAUUAACUUCAUCAUAGGGUAGGUUGAUGCGAGCUUGACCAGCUGACUGACACAAACUAACACUUUCACUCCAUUGCUCGAGUUUUGGAUUGGCAUACAUUGUUACUUAACAGUUUAAUGUUGAAUUUAACGCUAGCAUGUUAAAUCACACAGCUCGUAGUUCUUAUUUAAUAAUAAUAUGAGAUGCUAAGGGCAGUUACAGCAUGAUGAAAAUGAUAGAAUCAUCAGAACAUCUAGCUGUCUAGUGACUUACAACUACUACUAACUGCUUAUUUAAUGAGCGUUAUGCACAUAUUUUCUUUUAUAAAGCUGCAAUGACAAUGGAUUGGAAAAAAAGAUUUAUUUACUUGACUUUAUAUUUAAACACAGCACUAGUCAUAUUUUUUUAAUUAAUAGAAAUAUUAAGGAGUCUUUCAUUAAUAAAAAAAAGAUCUUUGCUCUGCUUUGAGAAGUGUUGCUAUUCAAGCAAUGUAGUUUAGGCAGUGUUUAUCAUGUGUGGUUACCAUUGUAACAGUCGUCUUAUAAGAGUGAGGAAAUGGGAGAAGAAAUGAACAUUAUCAAAUGUAACAUAAUUGUGAUCAUUUUUGUUGUGCCAUUUGUUUUUUACUUUUAUUUUUCUGAAUCAGUUUAAUUAUUUUUCUAACAAUAACUGUUACACCAUGUUUGCAAAGAUAGUUAUUAAGCCUUCACAAGUCAUAAACUGUAACGGUCAACCCAAUCAAGUUACAGCUUUUAAGUUUUAUGCUUGUGUUAAUAUUCAUGCCAAAACCUUGUUACUGUCAGCAGCAAUGUGGCUGUUGUUGUGUUUCAUUAGGUCAGUAUGGUGAUAGUACAUGUUGUUUAGAUGGGUCAGCUCGACAGAAGGUCAGAGAAUGUGUUUUAGAGAGCGAAUUCAUUUGUCCCGAGAUGUAAAACUGUUACAAAGGCACAGCCAGAACUGUAAAAAUUGAUUUUUGAGCUGAUUCAAAAUGUUGUGUUGUGUUACAUCUAAAUUUCCUCCUUUUCUGAAUUCAGGAAGAUUUGUUUAGUGGAAUAUUGUAGUAUUUUUGACAGUCGACUAAAAUCUUAUAUAUUUCUAUGCUUAUACAAGAUGCCAAACUUAUUUUUGCUCUGCUAAUAGAUCUGUUGUGAUGUGUUUGGUCGGUGUUUAUUUGAAGAGGACACUCCGGUGGUGAUUUUCUUUGUACAGGGAACUGGAGCUUAAACCAAUUACUUUUAGUAAAAUGUUACAUUUGUCAUUGGACUCCACUUAAUUUUGUAUUAUACGUUUUUAUAAUGACAUUCUUUCCUACAUUCUACAUUGCGCAGUGUGGACGAUCAGAUCAUAUUACAUAGCUUUACUUUUUUUUUUUUUGAAUAUACUGAUCGUGUAGGACUCCACCAGCUGUAACAUUUCUAAGCUUAUUUCCUAUUGAUUGAAAAUGGUGGAAGAGGUGAGCUGGAGCAGACUGUGAUCAUGAUGUGGUGAUGCAGUGACGAUUGUGCUUUUGUCUAGUUAAGCUGGUUCUGCAGGGCUAAUUAUUAUAUAAACCCACAGAAAUGUAGGAUUUUGCUUAAGAAAUGCUACUAAUUUGGUGUGCAAUGUAUUGUGGUAACUGAGUGAUUGUAUUAUCAAACACGCAAGAUUAGAGUGUUAAAAACCAUUCCUCUGUUGAGGCUCCUUGCUUUCCAUGCACAGCGCAGUAGUAUGUGGCUGUGAGGAGAUUGAACUAAUCACAUUGUACUUGCUCAAAAAUAUUGUAUUUUCUCUUAGAUAGCAAAGCCAAUUCCUUAUUCGCCGGGGUCAUUUGAUCAAUGACCCUUGGCAUUCACACUUGUUACUGAAUGUUUGUUGUUACUGAUUUAUUGGAAGAAGCCUUUAAAAUGCUAUCUUGGCUGAUUUUGCAAUUCACCUCAAAGUCUCACAUUCAGUACGUUUUUUGUAGGACGGCUACUUGUUGAAAACUGAAAAUAACGCCUUAAUGCCUUUUUGUUGUUUCCUGUUUUGAAAACUUUUAUGUCAUUAAGUUCUUAUUUAUAAUGAA